CACAAGUAGCUAAUUAUAUAUAGCUAUUGUAUAGAUAUAUACAUAUGUUGCGCACACAUGACGCGAGUAUAUGUGACGAUCUUCGAACAAGGCGCACACUUUAUAACCUGAAAUCACCGCAAAAUAUUGGAUAAGAUAGAACGUUUUCAACUAUAGAGUACAGUGGUAUAGACGUUAAAACAAGAAAAAAUAUCGUUGGAUAUACGUUGAGUUCAAAUACUUAAAUGGGUUACUUGUCAAGAUGUCACUCUAAAGGUAGUUUUUUAUUUAAAACUUUUUUGAAACAUAAAAGAUCAGCCACCUCUCUUGCACAUUCGCAAGGAUCUAUUUCAAAAGAAACUGUCAACAAAGAAUUCACUACAGACAUCAAAAUUGAUAGAAAAACGAUAUCCAAAUUAGAGAGAAUUUCAUUAGUUGAUUUUGAUAAUGACGGAGGUAUUCAAAGAUUAGAGGCAGCUAUUCGAUUUGCACGAAAACUACAGGAGGUACAACUAGAUCCUUCCGUUAAACCUAUGUACAGUGUUCUGGAGAACGAAAGAUUGCAUCUCAGGGAAGACAAAGUUACUGAACAUACCUGUCGUGAACAAAUUUUGAAAAACGCUAGGCUAUUGGAGGACGAAUACUUUGUUGCUCCAUCUGGAAAUAUACCAAAAAAAUCGUAGAUACGAUGGAAAAAAUAUUCAAAACUCUUGGUCCCACAUUGUUGACCUUAAAAGAAUUUGGUUUUGCUUAUGGAGUCCAAGGCAUACUAAUGCGCCGUAAUUUAGAAAAAUUGUGGCUAAUGAAAAACAUGACCCAAUCUGAUUAUAAUGUAUUUUUAGUAGAUUCUGAUCAAAUUACUGCCAAUUUAAAAGAUUUAUCAGAUAUUGGUUUGAGUAACCCACCAUUUGGAAUAGCUGAAAUAUCAAGUGUUAAAAAUACUUGGAAUGAAUCAUAUUUUCCCCCUAAAUCAAAACCCAUAAAACAUAGAAUUGCCAAAGUUACCACAAUCUAUGAAGGUGACGGUGAUAUUAUCAGCGUGAAAGACUUAUUUUAUAAAAAGCAAAGAGAGCGCAAAUCAUGGUGGAGAAGAAUUACAGAAAAUCCUAAUAUUUUUCACGUAGGUGAAAUAAAACAAGAGCGUGGCAAAGAAUAUGUAGAAAUUGAAGCCCGCUUGCCAUUUGGAAAUAUUGUUGUAGAAACGAUUUAUUAUAAGCCCAGUGCUAAAUUAUAUUUACGUGGAGGUGAAUUCAGUAAUAAUCUUAAAAUUGUUGAGAACAUAACAUCUUUAGAUUGGGGAUGUUUAGCACUAAUAUGUGAUGGAUAUGUGGAAAUAGAUGACUGUAAAGAGAUGCAAGUUCAUCCAAAUCUUGCACCAUACAAAGCUUACAGCAAAGCAAAUAUAAAACCUGAAGAUAAUGAACAAACACGUAUUGCUUUAAAUAAUCUAUCAAUACACCUUAUACAAUUGCUCCGUGAACAAGGCAUUGAAACAGUCUUAAUGAACCUUGCAAAACAACCAGAAGUUUUUCAAGUGCCAUAUAUUUUAACUGUAGAUAGUGAAAGUUUAAAAAAUGGUUUUAUUAGAGUUGUAUCUCAAAGAACUUUAUGUGGUGAAAUAGUUCACAUUACAAAAUUAGCUCAACAUGUUUAUGAUCUAACUACAAUCCCUAUGUGAAAUUUGAAAUGCUUAUUUAUAAGCAGAUUUAUAAAAAGUUCUGAAGAAAAAUUUAAUAAAUAUAAAUUUGUAAAUACCUAAAA